AUGUCUACGUCUACUGAGAUAUCCAAUAACAUGUCUACGUCUACUGAGAUAUCCAAUAACAUGUCUACGUCUACUGAGAUAUCCAAUAACAUGUCUACGUCUACCGAGAUAUCCAAUAACAUGUCUACGUCUACCGAGAUAUUCAAUAAGAUGUCUAAUUCUACUAAGAUAUUCAAUAACAUGUCUAAGUCUACUGAGAUAUCCAAUAACAUGUCUACGUCUACUGAGAUAUCCAAUAACAUGUCUACGUCUACCGAGAUAUCCAAUAACAUGUCUAAGUCUACCGAGAUAUCCAAUAACAUGUCUACGUCUACCGAGAUAUUCAAUAACAUGUCUACGUCUACCGAGAUAUUCAAUAACAUGUCUAAGUCUACUGAGAUAUCCAAUAACAUGUCUACGUCUACUGAGAUAUCCAAUAACAUGUCUACGUCUACCGAGAUAUCCAACAACACGUCUACAUCUACCGAGAUAUUCAAUAACAUGUCUACGUCUACCGAGAUAUCCAAUAACAUGUCUACGUCUACCGAGAUAUCCAAUAACAUGUCUACGUCUACCGAGAUAUCCAAUAACAUGUUUACGUCUACCAAGAUAUCCAAUAACACGUCUACGUCUACCGAGAUAUCCAAUAACAUGUCUACGUCUACCAAGAUAUCAAAUAACAUGUCUACGUCUACCGAGAUAUCCAAUAACAUGUCUACGUCUACCGAGAUAUCCAAUAACAUGUCUACGUCUACUGAGAUAUCCAAUAACAUGUCUACGUCUACCGAGAUAUCCAAUAACAUGUCUACGUCUACCGAGAUAUUCAAUAACAUGUCUACGUCUACUGAGAUAUCCAAUAACAUGUCUACGUCUACUGAGAUAUCCAAUAACAUGUCUACGUCUACUGAGAUAUCCAAUAACAUGUCUACGUCUACUGAGAUAUCCAAUAACACGUCUACGUCUACUGAGAUAUUCAAUAACAUGUCUACGUCUACUGAGAUAUCCAAUAACAUGUCUACGUCUACCGAGAUAUCCAAUAACAUGUCUACGUCUACCGAGAUAUUCAAUAACAUGUCUACGUCUACUGAGAUAUCCAAUAACAUGUCUACGUCUACCGAGAUAUUCAAUAACAUGUCUACGUCUACUGAGAUAUCCAAUAACACGUCUACGUCUACUGAGAUAUUCAAUAACAUGUCUACGUCUACUGAGAUAUCCAAUAACAUGUCUACGUCUACCGAGAUAUCCAAUAACAUGUCUACGUCUACCGAGAUAUUCAAUAACAUGUCUACGUCUACCGAGAUAUUCAAUAACAUGUCUACGUCUACUGAAAUAUCCAAUAACAUGUCUACGUCUAUUGAGAUAUCCAAUAACAUGUCUACGUCUACCGAGAUAUUCAAUAACAUGUCUACGUCUACCGAGAUAUCCAAUAACAUGUCUACGUCUACUGAGAUAUCCAAUAACAUGUCUACGUCUACCGAGAUAUUCAAUAACAUGUCUACGUCUACCGAGAUAUUCAAUAACAUGUCUACGUCUACCGAGAUAUUCAAUAACAUGUCUACGUCUACCGAGAUAUUCAAUAACAUGUCUACGUCUACUGAGAUAUCCAAUAACAUGUCUACGUCUACCGAGAUAUUCAAUAACAUGUCUACGUCUACUGAGAUAUCCAAUAACAUGUCUACGUCUACUGAGAUAUCCAAUAACAUGUCUACGUCUACCGAGAUAUCCAAUAACAUGUCUACGUCUACCGAGAUAUCCAAUAACAUGUCUACGUCUACUGAGAUAUCCAAUAACAUGUCUACGUCUACUGAGAUAUCCAAUAACAUGUCUACGUCUACCGAGAUAUCCAAUAACAUGUCUACGUCUAUUGAGAUAUCCAAUAACAUGUCUACGUCUACCGAGAUAUUCAAUAACAUGUCUACGUCUACCGAGAUAUCCAAUAACAUGUCUACGUCUACUGAGAUAUCCAAUAACAUGUCUACGUCUACCGAGAUAUUCAAUAACAUGUCUACGUCUACUGAGAUAUCCAAUAACAUGUCUACGUCUACCGAGAUAUUCAAUAACAUGUCUACGUCUACCGAGAUAUUCAAUAACAUGUCUACGUCUACUGAGAUAUCCAAUAACAUGUCUACGUCUACCGAGAUAUUCAAUAACAUGUCUACGUCUACUGAGAUAUCCAAUAACAUGUCUACGUCUACUGAGAUAUCCAAUAACAUGUCUACGUCUACCGAGAUAUCCAAUAACAUGUCUACGUCUACCGAGAUAUCCAAUAACAUGUCUACGUCUACUGAGAUAUCCAAUAACAUGUCUACGUCUACUGAGAUAUCCAAUAACAUGUCUACGUCUACCGAGAUAUCCAAUAACAUGUCUACGUCUACCGAGAUAUCCAAUAACAUGUCUACGUCUACUGAGAUAGCCGUGGCGUUAUUAUGA